GUGCGUUGACAUAUUAUCUAUUAUCAACGUUACGGUAAUGGGGCGGGGGCGGAGAGGAAUAUGACGUAGAGGUACACCUACAGCUUGGAAGGACACCAGCCGGCCGACGAAGCACCUCGGCACCAAGGACAGGCCGACAGACUGGCUCCUUCGGCCGCAGCGGCGUUCGCAAACUCUCGGUCCGGCAGACCGUGACAUCCCCGUGCCGACCGUGUUCAACGGCGUCCGCAGAGGCUUGCUGCCCAGCGGGACUCCUUAUUUUCUUACCGACCAGACCAGCUUGGACAAUCUCCUUCUGAAAAAGAGAGCUGAUUUGGACUCCAACUAGACUUUCAACAUGUCGAGCACUCACAUAGACAAUGGCUCUGCAAACUCAGUAGAAGCCAAGAAAACAGACCUGAGAAUGAAAGAGAAGAAAUGCUCAUGGGCCUCCUAUAUGACAAAUUCUCCAACGGUGAUCGUAAUGAUCGGCCUGCCUGCAAGAGGAAAGACUUACAUGUCAAAGAAACUCACGCGCUACCUCAACUGGAUCGGAGUCCCAACUAAAGUGUUUAACUUGGGCGUAUACCGCAGAGAGGCUGUCAGAGCUUAUAAGUCCUAUGAUUUCUUCCGCCACGACAAUGAGGAAGCCAUGAAAAUACGGAAGCAGUGUGCUCUUGUAGCUCUGAAGGAUGUGAAGGCGUAUCUGUCGGUGGAGGGAGGUCAGAUCGCGGUUUUUGAUGCAACAAACACAACAAGAGAACGGCGAGACCUCAUUCUAGCUUUUGUGAAGGAUUCAUUCAAGGUGUUCUUUGUGGAGUCGGUGUGUGACGACCCAGAGGUCAUUGCUGCUAAUAUUCUGGAAGUGAAAGUGUCCAGUCCAGACUACCCUGAGAGACACAGAGAGAGAGUAAUGGAUGACUUCCUCAAACGAAUCGAGUGCUACAAGGUUACUUACCAACCAUUAGAUCCUGAUGAUUACGACAAGGACCUAUCUUUCAUCAAGGUGAUGAACGUGGGUCGGCGUUUUCUGGUGAACCGGGUGCAGGACUACAUCCAGAGCAAGAUUGUCUACUAUCUCAUGAACAUCCACGUGCACUCUCACUCCAUCUACCUGUGUCGGCAUGGAGAGAGCAACCACAACGUUGAAGGCCGUAUCGGAGGAGACUCUGAACUUUCUCCUCGAGGGAAACAGUUCGCCCAUGCCCUGCGAGAUUUCAUUGAGGAGCACAAACUGUCAGAUUUGAAAGUGUGGACGAGCCAACUGAGAAGAACCAUCCAGACAGCAGAGGAGCUGGGUGUCCCUUAUGAACAGUGGAAGAUACUCAAUGAGAUUGAUGCAGGUGUGUGUGAGGAGAUGACUUAUGAGAUGAUCGAGAACACAUUCCCAGAGGAGUUUGCUUUGAGGGACCAGGACAAGUACCACUAUCGCUACCCAGGAGGAGAGUCCUACCAAGAUUUAGUUCAACGUUUGGAGCCGGUUAUCAUGGAGUUGGAGAGACAGGGCAACGUGUUGGUCAUCUGCCACCAGGCUGUGAUGCGCUGUCUGCUAGCUUACUUCCUGGACAAGAGUGCAGAAGAUCUACCAUACAUGAAAUGUCCACUGCACACAAUACUCAAGCUAACCCCUGUUGCAUAUGGUUGUAAAGUGGAAAUGUUUUAUCUUAAUGUGGAGUCAGUAAACACUCAUCGAGACAGGCCUCUUGAUAAAAUCCCGAGGGGCUCUGCUCUCAUACAUCGGCGGAAUAGUUACACUCCCUUGUCCAGUCACGACCAGGUCAAGCGUCCCAGGCUCUACAGCGCGGGCAACCAGCCCUGGCUACCGCUCGCCCCCACCCCAUCAGCUCUGAUGCCAGAGGGACGGCAAAGCCAAGUUAGUGCCAGAGUUACAGGCUCCCCCUCUAAAUCAGUCACCGUCAGCUGUAAUCAGUCAUGUCCCACCACAGUUGUAACCCUGUGUCUGGCAUUCCCUCGCCUCAGUGUUGGAUCCUCUCGAUGAUUUAGUGCCUGUGUUGAAAAUGACGUUCAUGGAAUCCAUCUCUAUGAGUCCCUGUGCGAAGGAAGCGACUUUGACAGCCCCGAAGAAACGAGUGGCUGUGUCCGCUUCUGAGUGAAGAUGAUGGCCUCUUUCUUCAUGGCACAAUGGGGGAAAAAAGUUCUGGGUUAAGUCAUGAUUUUUUUCUUUACCACAUUCUAAGAAGUGAUGGUCGGAUUAUGAGGUCAUUUUUUUGGCCAUGUCUAUCUCAACCUCUGUUUAACUUUACUCUGCAUGCUGAGGCCUCGAACUGGAAGCCUUAUCAUUAGCAUCAUAAACACUUCUGCAUGUAACUCAUUGUAAAUACUACAAUGCCUUACUGAACUUUAAAUACAUUGAUAGAAUUAGGUUCUCUGUAUGAAUUUAACAAGAGCAAGUUAUGCGUCAUUAUGAUGAAAGCCAAUUUUCACUUGUGCGAAUAGAACAUGUCAUAAAGUAUAUAUAAAUAUUUUUAUAACACAUAUUCUUUCAUCUAUCAUGCAAACAAUCUGUAGUUGUGAUUUAUAUAAAAUAUAUUUCUAACUGUAUUCUGUAUUUCUAGCCAUAAUCUUUUAUGUCUUAUUUUAUUGAUUGGUUUAGAUUUGAGAGAAUGUACUUGUUGAGUUCUGAAGGAAAUUAAAAUACUGUAUUUCUGUAUAAACUGAGUUUCUUUCUUAAGUUUUGGAAGCUUUGCAUGCUGUAUGUAUUGUUAAAUAAAUACACCACUUUGCUGGACAUACUGCAGCAGAUAAAGAAACUUACUUUUCUGUCACAAGCUGCCAUUUAAAUACCUAAUGUAUUAGACUGGUGUUAUCUGUCACAAUGUACACUAAAUCCUAAAUGUCCAUCUGUUAAUCUAUUGUUCUUUUUGCCUGUAUAUUCUAUAGGAAGGGGUUAUGUGCAACCAAAACAUAACAUGUUGAUGAUAUUCUGUCUAUUUCCUGACUUUUGUGUUUAUGUUAUACUGUUUUAAUUGCUUUAUGCAAAUGUAUCUUUACUCAUUAAAUUUUUUUUUACAUCAGCCAUAUUCAAACAUCCUUUAAUUUUACUUAAUAAUAGACCGUUUCACUGUAGGGAAAGUUUCACUCUCUGACUGUCAUUUGUGUUGUUGAUAAAGAUUUGCUCAAAUCUU